AUGGAUCGAAGCUUGAUCGUCGAUCUCGGUCUAUCCAUUCGUCCUUCUGAACAAUUCCGGCCGCGUCCGUGUGUUUUUUUUUCGGACAGACGGCAGCUGGCAGACGAGGUACAAAUAAGUGCUUCAGAUCCAGACAACAGGGCAACAACAGCGAUUACCUUCCUUUGCAAUCCAUCCGAUCCUUUCUUCUUCACCAUGGCAUACACACUGGCAUCCUGGCUGGGCCGUCUCUUCGACGCCGGCAAGAGCUUCCUGCCAUUGCAGGGCAACUACAUCAACGCCCUGCUGGAGCAAGAGUUGCCUGGGGAGCGUGAGGGCACGCUGACCGUGCGAGACAACCGCACCGGCUCCAAGUACACGAUUCCCAUUGUGCGCAACUCGGUGCCGGCCAUGGGAUUCCGUCAGAUCUGUGUGGACCGUGCCGGCAAGAGCCCUCGGCAGCAGUUCGAGGAAGGCCUUCGGGUGAUUGACCCGGGGUACCGCAACACGGCGGUCAAGAUGUCCAGCAUCACUUACAUCAAUGGUAACGAAGGCAUCAUUCUGUACCGCGGUCAUCCCCUGGCCUCGGUCAUCGGCAAGAGCUACGAGGAGAUCACCCACCUGCUCAUCUGGGGCUCACUACCCACUCCCGAGCAGCGCCUGCGGUUCCAGCGUCGGAUUUCCCAGGCGAUGCUGGUGGUGCCGGAGAACGUGAAGCAGCUCGUGGCCACCUUCCCACGCACGACCCCACCCAUGGUGGUGCUCGGGGCGAUCCUGACAGGCUACCUGGCGGACCAGCCAGAGCUGAUCCCAGCGCACGCGGGUGCCAACCUUUACAGCCGACGCCCGGAGAUGGUGGACGAGCAGAUCAUCCGCACGCUGGCAAUCACGGCGGUGGCUUCGUCACUGGCUCACUGCCACAUGACGGGACAGACCUUCCGGGAAGCGGACCCCAACCUGACGUACAUUGAGAACAUCUUGUACAUGGGCCGGUUCGUGGACAACAACCCGGCGGUGACGCGGGAGAAGGCGGCGGAGAUCCUGACCAAGGCCUGGUCGCUGUACGCGGACCACGAGAUGACCAACUCGACGUCGGCAUUCCUGCACACGUCGUCGACGCUGGCGGACCCGCUGUCGUCGAUGACAUCGUGUGCGAUGGCGGCCUACGGACUGCUGCAUGGGGGUGCGAUCGACGCGGCGUACCGGGGGAUGCGGGAUAUUGGCGGGGUUGAGAAUGUGCCGAAGCUGAUCGAGAAGGUGGUGAACAAGGAGUGCCGGCUGUCGGGCUACGGCCACCGGAUCUACAAGCAGCUGGACCCGCGGGCCAAGUACGUGCGCGAAAUGCUGGAGGAGCUGACGCGGGACCGGGACAUUCGCGAGAUGGACCCGGUGCUGCAGGUGGCGAUGGAGAUCGACCGGAUUGCUAGCACGCAUGAGUACUUUGUCAAGCGCAAUCUGCAGGCGAACGCGGACUUGUACGGAAGUUUUGUGUACACGGCGCUGGGCAUCAACUCGCAAUUUGCGACGGUUCUGGCGGCGUGCUCGCGGGUGUCGGGUGUGAUGGCGCACUGGAAGGAGCAGACUGAACGGGCACCGGAUUUGUGGCGGCCACUGCAGGUGUACGUGCCCAACUGAGGUUGGGAUGGGUUGAUUGAUGGGAUUGAAUUGUACAGGCAGUCUGGGUUGAUCAUUUGUUCGGAGUAAAUUGUUUUGUUAGGGCUUCAUUAGGUAUCGUCUCGGGAGUCUUGAUGCUCGGGAUUAAUAAUAUGCGCGUG